GUUAAUCCCACUUCCAAGCCGGAUUUCUAAAAAAGGGACUGACUGGCAGAAACACGACAACACCGGAUUGAGGAAAUUGACACGGGCCACGCUCAAAACAAAGUUGUUGGUGCAGAAAACCACAGGCUGAUGCGGAUCACUUCACUCAGGUCUUCCAGAGGCGUUCUGCUCCAGCCCUCCCUGUCUGCACUCAUCCAGCAUGUCUCUUCUGCUCAUCACGGUCUUGUCCUCCCUCGUGGUGGGUGAUGCUGGAGCGUGGGGCGUCAGUGUGAAGUACGCAGUGAACUGUCCGGACAGAUGUAACGCAGCUGCGUGCGGGACGCAGCGCUGCGCACGGACCGUCCUGGAUGACUGCGGCUGUUGCCAAGUGUGCGCCGCCGGCAGAGGCGAGCACUGCUACCGCACAGUGUCUGGGAUGCACGGGGUGAAGUGUGGACCGGGAUUAUUCUGCGAGUUCUACAAAGAUGAAGAUGAUUAUGGAGAUGAAUAUGGAGUCUGCAAAGACUGUCUCUUUGGAACUUACGGGCUUGAAUGUCGCAGGACGUGUAACUGUAAAGGAGGAAUCUGUGACAGAGAGACAGGGGCAUGUCUCAAUCUGCGCUUCUUUGGAAAACUCACUGGAAAACUCAAACCUGAACUACAAGCAGCAGAGGCUGGAUCUGGUGAACUGAGCACUCCACAGAACACAGUGCAGCACUCAGUCAAAGCUCCAAAGUGGCUCAACCCUCGCUGACCAGCACCGACCAGCACCGACCAGCCCUGACCAGCACCGACCAGCCCUGACCAGCCCUGACCAGCACCGACCAGCCCUGACCAGCCCUGACCAGCACCAACCAGCCCUGACCAGC